AUGAGUCAAGUAAGCGACGUUGCCGACGGCGACACGGGCGACCUCUUCGCCGACCCGGACGACUACUAUCCGCCCACCCCGCCGCCGACGUCGCAAACCCACGCUCUCGCCUCGGGCCGCGUCCUGACGCUCCACCUCGUCGGCUACUCGCCCACCGAGGCGCACCACCUCUGGAACGGAAGCCGUGUCGUCUCGGACUACUUUGAGGCCGACCCUUCCCGCGUGAAGGGCAAGACCGUGCUGGAGCUCGGCGCGGGUGCGGGCCUGCCGAGCUUGACGGCGGGGAUCCUGGGCGCAAAGCGGGUCGUGGUAUCGGAUUUUCCGGAUGCGGAUAUCGUUAUGACAAUGCAGAAGAAUGUGGAUGAGGCGGGUGAUUUGGAGGGAGUUGUGGUGCCCAAGGGGUAUGUUUGGGGCGCGGACGUGAAGCCUUUGCUGGCGGAGCUUCCUCCAGCCGAGGAAGGGAAGGAGGGGGAGGAGAAGAAGUUUGACGUGCUGGUGCUGGCGGACCUACUGUUCCGGCACUCAGAGCACGGUAAGCUGGCCGACACGAUCUGGGAGGCGCUGGCGAGGAAGGAAGAGAGCGUAGCGUACGUCUUCUUCACAUCGUACCGGCCGUGGCUGCGGCACAAGGACCUGGCGUUCUUCGACGUCGUGAGGGAGAGGGGGCUGCUCGUCGAGCAGGUUCUUGAAAAGAAGAUGGAGAAGCCGCUGUUUGACGGGGACCCGGGCGAUUUGGAGAUCCAGAAGACGGUGAGCGGGUUUGAGGUGCGGUGGCCGAAGGAGUUGUUGGAGGGUAAGGCAUGA